AUGGUGCUGUUCUCAGAGAAAGGAGCUGGAGCCCCCAUCUCUCCGCCUGCACGAGCCGCAGGCCCAGCGGAUGUGGGCUUCCCCUCUCUGCUCCGGAACUCAGCACGGCCUUCCUGCUAUAUCGCAUCCACCGGUGUUGUUGCUGACCUGUGGCCAGGACCCCCACCUGGGCCAAGUGUUGAUGCCGAGACUCCUCUGGGUCACGCCGUCAGUGUUGCCCUGGCACCUCGCACCCUGGCUGCCGGAACCGUUGGAGGAGACGCUCGGAGGGCUGCUCCCACUCUUGGCUCUCCCCAUGGAAAUUCCCGGCUGCUUCAGAGCAGCAGGCAGGCUGGCUGCCUGCCGGGCCGCCCAGCACAGCACCUUCCUGCCCAGGGAGCCCUUCAUGUUGGGAGCUGGUCCUUUGCCUUUGCUUUCUCCGAGGUUUCGGUGGGAGUGGGCAUCCGUGUUCACCUCGUCCAGGCCUGGAAGUCCCAUCCCAGGGCAGGAACCAUCCAGAGGGCUGAGACCACCAGCUCCUGGAGGUCCUCUCUGUAA